AUGUCACUAGGAUCACAAUGUUUUGCCUGGCACAGGCACAUCAAAUUGCUCUGCGUCUGGGUGGUUCAGUAUUCAGUUGUCAACUCACUUCCCAGUUGUUUAUUCGAUGCUUUUGAAAACGUCAUUCAAACAACGCACAGGCGCCCGAUGUUCCCAGAACUACUGACUAAUUUACGGGUCAUUUCCCUGAUAAUCUUCCCCAUGUGA